AUGGUGGUCACAACUAGAGGCCGAAAAUCUCGCGUCCAAAAAUACUUGAAAACAUUGUGCUUUGCGUCCCGAUUCAUUGGAAAAGCUGAAAAAACACGCUUCAAAAAUAUGAAAAAUGUAGGUUUUUGGGAAUUUUUUUCAGCAUCUGUAAAUUUUUAUGUAAUUUUUUUGCAGUUCAAAAAACUUCCGAUCGAUAUUCGAAAGAUUAUUGUUGACAAAAUGACAGUGAAUGAGAGGUAGGGAUUUUCAGAAACCCCAGGGGAUUUUCUGAAUUUUCCAGAAGCCUUCAAAAAAUAUUUUUCCAGAUGCCGAUUCGCAAAAUGCUCCAAACCCUGCAACAAACUCGCCCAACUCUCCAAAAACUUCAUGUACGGCUUGAAAUUCAUCUCCCAAGCCCCAUUCAAAUUCACAAUUCAAGUAAAUCACAACAAACCAAAAAUUCCAAGCGAUUUCGACAAAAUUAUUGAAAUUGAGAGAAAAAAUGGGAAAAAACUGAUUACUUUGUGAGUUUUUAUACUUAUUUUAUUAAUUUUUUUUCAAAAAAUUUCAGCCGAGCAAUGUGGAAAAAACCGUAUAGCAGAGAAUUGCCUGGACCCUUGUAUACAAUUUUCGAAGACGCUUGUAAAUUCUUUGAAAAUCUUGUCAAUGAAAAUCGACAUUCUCUGAAAACUUUGGAACUUACGGGAACUUCUUUGAAAAAUGCCACUUUCAAUUUUCAAAAGACACCACUUUUGAGAGAAUUGUAUAUGGAUCGACUUUUGCCGGAUGUUGUGAAAUCAAGUUGCAACACUCAAUUGAAAUUAUUUCAAUGCAAAGGGAGGUAUACAGAUGAGCCGGAGCAAUGUUUUGGAAAGGUGAGAGUCAAGAAGCCGCUCCUUGAGAGCUGUCAUGUCAAGGAGAGACGCCUUGAGAGCUUCUAGGUCAAGAAAAGACGCCUUGAGAGCCUCUUUGUCAAGGAGAGGGGCCUUGAGAGCUUUUCUGUCAAGAAGAGAGGCCUUGAGAGCCUCUCUGUCAAGGAGAGGCGCCUUUAGGGCUUCUCUGUCAAGGAGAGGCGCCUUGAGAGCUUCUCGGUCAAGGAGAGGUUUCUUGAGAGUCUCUCUGUUAAGGACAGAAGCCUUGAGAACCUUCAUGUCAAGGACAGAAGCUUUGAGAGCCUGUCUGUCAAGGAUCCUCUCCUUGAGAACCUCUCUGUCAAGGAGAGGGGUUUUGAGAGCCUCUCUGUCACGGAGAAGCGCCUUGAGAGCAUUCCUGUCAAGGACAGAGGCUACUUUAGAGCUUCAAUGUCAAAGAGAAGCGCUUUGAGAGCCUUCAUGUCAAGGAGAGGCGCCUUGAGAGCCUCUCUCUCAAGGAGAGGCGCCUUGAGAGCUUCUCUGCCAAGUAGAGGAGCCUUGUGAUCCUGAAUGUCAAGGAGAGGCGUCUUGUGAUCCUGAAUGUCAAGGAGAGGGACCUUGAGAGCUUCUCUCUCAAAGACAGAAGCCUAAAGAGCUUCUCUGUCAAGGAGACGCUCCUCAAGAUCCUCUUUGUCAAGGACAGAAGCCUUGAGAUUUUCUCUGUCAAGGAGAGACGCCUUGAGAGCUUCUAUGUCAAGGGCCGAAGCCUUGAGGGCUUCUCUGUCAAGGACAGAAGCCUUGAGAGCCUUUCUGUCAAGGAGAGACGCCUUAAGAGCUUCUCUGUCAAGGACAGAAGCCUUGAGAGCCUCUCUGUCAAGGAAACACGCCUUGAGAGCCUCUCUGUCAAGGAGAGACGCCUUGAGAGCUUCUAUGUCAAGGAGAGGCGCCUUGAGAGCCUCUAUGCCAAGGAGAGGUGCCUUGAGAGCCUCUCCUUUACAUCACAAGGCGCGGAUCCUUGACCAAAGUCACUACAAGGCUCGGAUCCUUCACAGGAAGGCUCACAAGGCUCGGCUCCUUAACAAAAAUUCUUUCCAGCUCGCCGAACUCGACACAGUUCUCAACACACCUUCCGUCUGUUUCACACUUGAACAAGCCAAAAGAUUGGAGGCGAACCGAGGUGUAAUGUCGAUCAAAAAUUGGACCGCUCAAGAUUUGUUCGAUUUCAUUCGAUUCUGGCAAAAUGGACAUGAUCAAGAAGUUCGAGCGUUUCAUUUUUAUUCGAGAACAAAUGUGGAUGUGUUUGAUCAGGAAUUGUUGAAGUUGUUGAAUGUUGAGUUUGAUGAUCCGUUUGAGUGAGUUUGGAGGUUUUUGGAGGCUUCAGAAGGCUUCGGAAGGCUUUUGGAAGCUUCAGAAGGCUUCAGAUGACUUCUGAAGGCUUCAGAAAACUUCCGAAAACUUCUGGAAGCUUUAAAAGGCUUCAGAAGACUUCGGAAGGUUUCAGGAGACUUCAGAAGGCUUCAGAAGCCUUUGGGGGGUUUCAGAAGACUUCUGGAAGCUUUAGAAGGCUUCAGAAGGCUUCAGAAGGCUUCUAGGAACCCUAAAAACCUUCAAGAUUCUAAAAAAUCUCUAAAAUCCCCCAAUUUUCAGCGAGUUGAUCCGAGUCUACGACAAAAGUGCCGAAGGAAAAUCGGCAAAACUGGUCUUCAUGGAAAAUGCCAUCUUCUUUGGCUAUCCCUUCGAAGCAUAUCAUCGUGAUCUCAAAGUUGUUCCAAAAGAUUCUCCAUUUGAAGCGGAUGCUGUCAGUAUUAUCUGAAUUUUCAGACAAAUUUCAGCAUGUUUUUUUUUUCAGUUUUAAUUUAUUAAGAAAUCUCUGUUCCGAAUAGUUUUAAUUUAUUAAGAAAUAAUUAUUUCUCAUAUUUUUUAUCGAUUUUUUCCAGCAAUAUUUUUUGUACUGAUUUAUUUUUUGUGGGACUGUUUUUCAAUAAAUUAAUUUAUGGGGAGCACUAGAGAUUCUGCAGGUUUUCUCUACCGUAUUCCUAUUCAGCAUGUCCCUUUAAACCACAUUUUUCUCUGUUUUUCUGCUCCGAUCCCCCUGGUAACCGCAGAAUCAAUAUCAUCAAGACACAUCUGCUCUUAUCAAAGAAAAGAGCACCGCAAGCUCCGCCCACAAUGCUCUAACUAACAAUUUUUCCUCAUUUAUUUAUUGUCAUGACUAAAUCUACAUUUUAGUACUUUUUUUUGAAAAUAUUUUUAAUAAGGUAAAUUUGUUUUUUUUCAAUUUUCUUAAACAAUUUUUUUAUUUAUUUUUUCAGGAUUGAAAUCUUCAUCGCAAGUUUUGGAAUGGGUUAGCCCUUGAGUAAGAUUUUAAUUCAUCAAUCGAUAUUUUAAUUAAAUUAUUGAUUUUUUCAGCCAUAUUUGUCGUCAGAACUGGUCCAUUUACUUUGAUAAAUAA